CCAAAAUCCCCUGGAGGAAUAGUUCAAGUUACCUAUAUAUACACUCAGUUCGUAAAUGUAUUAGCAAGUAGAAAUAAAGUCCUCCAUCAGGAAAAAAAAGAAAAGACAUUUGCUUAUGCACGUAUAUAAGGCAGCCCGUUCUAAACCCGACUUAUGAGAAACGAAAAGAAACGAAAAUCAGUAAGAACGAAAUAACGACGAAGCGAGUCCCAACAUCGUCUGCAUAAGGAUGAAGUGGCGUGGCUGGUGGAUUUAGAGGUUCAUUGUGACUUGUGUCUUUGAAGAGGAGGUAGGGCGUCUUCCUGCUCCGUCGAGGCGUGGUGGCAGAUAACUUGGAAAGUCAUUGCAUUACGGACGUGGUAGAAAGAGAGAGAGCGUUGCGGUGUAUUAGCUGCGUUUUACUUGGGGGGGAAAAAGUUGGUGUAAGUGCCGAAAAUGUUUAGUAAAUCGGUUUAUUUUCUCGUACUCCGUAAAAAUUGAAGUCGUGAGUAUACAAUUUAUGCUGCGGCUGUGCAGUGGAUGAGAAAGUGUUUGGUGAACUUGGGACAUUGAAUAACAAGAAAGAAAACGGAGGAUACAUUACCUGGGCUGCGUUACGAACUGCCAUUAACCACCAUAUUUCAGUAUAUUCUUGCGUCAUCAAAUCUUGGAGAGGAGCCAUGCCGGGGCAAACAACGACAGCAGAAGUAUCUGAUGAAAAUGCAGAUGCUCUAAUCAGACCAACACAAGACUCCGUGGCCUUCAAAACAAUGACAAAUGGAGAUGGCGAAAUUUCUCAGAUGUUACCUGAGGAACAGCCUCGAGUCCUGGAAACAGCGGCUGAAAGGCGAGCCAGGCGUCAUUCACACUGGAUUGUCUACAUCACUACCUUUGUCAUGUCAAUCGGAUUUUCCAUCGUGCUAACCGGAGUAUGGCCGUAUCUGCAACAGCUGGAUACAGGAGUGUCCAAAGAGUUUUUAGGUUGGGUUAUUGCUGCAAACCCUCUUGGACAGAUGGUUGCGUCACCGCUCUUGGGACUAUGGGGGAAUAAAGCAGGAUCCAACAGGGGAGCCUUUUUAGCAACAAUCCUGCUUUUCAUCAUUGGGAACAUCCUCUACGCCAUCCUUAGCUUGUUUGGCACAGCAGCCAGAGCUGUCAUGAUAUUCUCGCGAUUCCUUGUGGGUGUUAGUUCAGCCAACAUAGCUAUCAUCAGAUCAUACAUCGCUUCGUCUACAACUUUAAAGGAAAGAACGACAGCUGUUGCACUGACGUCUGCUGCACAAGGACUCGGUUUUAUUUUUGGCCCAGCUAUUCAGGCAGCAUUAGCAGUGGCUUUCGCACACGAGAAAACAAGUGAGAAUAACACAUCCUUGGUGCCCGAGAUCCUGGAAGAUGAGAUGGAAGAGGCCGGCCUUGAAAUUGAGUGGAAUAUGUAUACAGCUACUGGUUGGUUCGCAACCAUUCUUGGGGUAUUGAACUUCUUUCUCUUCAUGCCCUGCAUCUUCAAAGAAUACCCAAUAGCAGCCAAAGAAGCUCAGUUUAAAAGACAAACUGCUAAGGCAGAUCAGAAGUUGCCCAAGCCUGAUUAUCCUGCCCUGCUUGGUGUACUGGUUUCUUUCUUCAUCAUCCUCUUCAUAUAUGUUUUGCUGGAAACAUUAUUAGUGCCUAUGUGUAUUGAUCUUUAUGCCUGGACUGAUGAAAAAGCUGUAACAGUUGUAGGAGUUGGGUUAAGUAUAGCUGGAGCUAUUUCAAUUGUAAUGUUUACCUUAACAAGUGUCUUGACUAGGAAGUUUGAUGAACGCAAAGUUUUUAUUUUCCUUGGAUUACUUCCACUAACAGUAUCUAUGCUCAUUCAUUUUCCAAUGGGAAAUACAUAUCCAAAAAUGCAAAACUGUACUUUAUAUAAUGGUGCACAUGCAUUUGAUGACUCUGCUUUAGUACCUGACUUUAAAAUGAAUUUUACUGAACCUAGUAAUACAUUAUCUAGACAAAGGCGUCAUGCUGCAAGAGAUGACACUUGCACUGAUCUUGGCUGCCCUCAAAAGCAGGAAUGGUGCCUUUACACACCAAUUAUUGAAAAGCCUCAGAUGGCAGUAGCAGAUGUAGCUGCUGUUAUAGGGUAUCCAGUUGCAUUUACACUCUCUAGUUCCUUCUUCUCAAAAUUAUUAGGGCCAAAGCCACAAGGUGUGUGGAUGGGUAUCCUAACAAGUACUGGAAGUUUUAGUCGAGUCACCGGUCCAAUUUUUGUGUCUUACAUGUACACUGCUCUAGGCACUAGGUGGACAUUUGGUAUCCUUUUUGUAGUAAUGUCUCUUACUCUUGUUAUCAUUUCUUUGUUGUUCAGAAGACUUGUGCCUAUGAAGUUGGUAGGAACUUAAAUGUGUUGAUAAAAGGUCUUCCUUGCCAUCUUAUAUGUAUUAGAGAUCUGUUGCUUCUUGUGUGAUUAAUUAUAGUAUAUAUUAAGUGUUUAAUUUUUAUAAAUUACACAUGUUAAGUAAACCCAUUGUAAUGAUUGGUGAAGUUGAUGAAGUUAUUCUUUCAUUAUCAUAUUUCAUGUUUUACCAUUGAAUCAUUUCCUGCUUUUCCUAUAAUGGUUGUGCUAAAUUGUUCUGUAAUACACACACACACACACACACACACACACACACACACACACACACACACACACACACACACACACACACACACACACACACACACACACACACACACACACACACAUAAAUGUACAUAUACUCAUGAAUGUAUAUAUAAGAAAAUAUACAAUAUAUAGAUAUGUAAAAAGUACAAGUAAAUUGACUUCUCAAAUACUAUUUAUUAAACAUUCACAGCAAUAACAACUCGAGGUUUAGUUCUCUUUAGGGUGUAUUAAAGCAUUUGAUAAUGUAUUAACAAUACAAUAAGUGAUCUGAUAAUACAUUAAUAAUACUCAAGCAACUACAGCCUAAGGGAUCUGUUUUUGGAUAUGUUUUUGGUGUAUUUUAAGACACAUAUGUAUUUUUUUUUCUUACAUUGUAGAUAUCAGGUCUGAAGAAAAAAUGUAGGAUGAUGCUUGUUAAAUCAUUAAAAGUAUUGAAGUGAUUAGUGGUUGAUUUGAUUCUAGAUUUUUAAGAGAUAUUCUCUCAAAAAUUGCAUAUUAAUAAUUCAGAUGUUCCUGAUGCAGUUUGGUGAUUAAAUUUCAGAUAUCAUUGCCAGUUUUAUGACUGAUGUUUUUUUCUGUGAUUUAAAAUAGUACUUUUGUUUUAUUUCACUUUCUACCCAGUUUUAGCUCUUCUGUGGAAAGCUAAAAGUAAUGGAUGAAGAUCAGUUGAUUUUGGUCAAGUGGGCCCCUUGACCUUGUCUCGUCUUUUCUCAUUUCUGAAGUCAGGACAAACUCAAGAAGGAAAGUAGGGCAAGGGAAGGUGGAAUGUGGUGGGUUAGUGCCAAUAAUACUUAAAGAAAAAUAGUAAUAAGUGUAAAAAUUACUUUGUAGGAAGACACACACAUGCACACACACAUGCACAUGCACACAUGCAUGCACGCACACACACACACACACACACACACACACACACACACACACACACACACACACACACACACACACACACACACACACACACACACACACACACACAAAUAUAGACAGUGUUUACAUGAUGGUAACUGUCUUGUGGAAUAAUUGAUGAACUGAGUAAAGUAUAAUAGUUUUAGGGUGAUUAUUUUAAAAAUUUGUAACUUAUAUUUAAUUUUUAUUGACUGGGAACCAUAACUAUGAUGUAAUUUUUAUAUAUUUGUAGAUAGACAUGUGGGUAUAGGUCUGAUUGUCUAAAGCUAUUGUCACUAGGUGAUAUUCCAUGAACCAUGCCUCAUUUCCUUUUAUGUUUACCUUUCUUAGUUUUAAAAAACUUUCAUGUAACUGGUAUAAAAUGCAGAACAAAAUGAAACCUUCUUUUACAUUAACAGUUGACUUGAUAUUACAUUUACAUAAGUGAAGGCAGUUUACAAAAUGCAUGUUUUUAGUUUCAUGGGCAUGUCUACAUAAAUAACCAGAAAAUGCAUUUGUUAAUUGGUAGGACUACUGAUGCACUUAAUAAAAUAAUAAUAAUAAUAAAAUUACAUUUUAAC